GGAAAGGGGCUCCUGGGAGGGGGGGGGGUGCGGGCGGGCCUCCGGCGCGCGGUCUCUGUACGUUGGGCGGCACUUCGGCGGAGCUGCGCCUCCCCCGGGCCGGGGUCAGCUGCCCUCCUCCUUUCUCUCCUCCUCGGGAACACGUGCCCCCCACCCUCCCCCCCCCGACAGCCUGGGUGGUGGGCGCGCCGCGCUGCAGGGCUGUGUUUGGUCCCCUGGUCGUCCGCGGCGGCCCUGCCGCUCGCCUUCUAUUUCCCCUUUCAGCCCCUGCUCCCGCGGGGGCUUGGGUGCAGCGCCGGCGCUUUUGUUGGAAGCUGUGUCCCCGGCACCGCACAAAGUGACGGGAGUGGGCAGGGCGGACGCUGGUGGAAGGCUGGCUUGGCGCCGCCGCGCGCGCCCCGCAGCAUCUUUGUUUUCCGCGCUGUGACCCCACCGCCGGCCCCAUGGAGGCGCCAGGCCCGGGCCCCGUGAAGCAGGAGCGAGGUGCCGCCGAGGGUCUGACCGCCGACUCGCCGUGGCACCGCUUCCGCCACUUCCACCUGGGCGACGCCCCGGGGCCCCGCGAGGCGCUGGGGCUGCUGCGCGCGCUCUGCCGGGCCUGGCUGCGGCCCGAGGUGCGCACCAAGGAGCAGAUGCUGGAGCUGCUGGUGCUCGAGCAGUUCCUGAGCGCGCUGCCCGCCGAGGUGCAGGCCUGGGUGUGCAGCCGCCGGCCGCAGAGCGGCGAGGAGGCCGUGGCGCUGCUGGAGGAGCUGUGGGGACCAGCGACGAGGGCGCCUCAGGAUGCAACCGGAGGCUCCGGGGUCGGCGCAGUAGAGGAAGCCGGUGAGGCGACGACGCCCUCAGGAGAUGCGGCCCCUGGGGCUGAGGAACCGGCGACGGCGGACGCCCAGGCCGCGCGCCCCUAUAAGCAGGAGCCGGGCAGCCCCCCGCCGGCACCGCCAGCCCCGCCGGCGCCAGGCCUGCCCGCCUUCCUGGCGGCCCCGGGCACCGCGUCCUGCCCCGAGUGCGGCAAGUCCUCGCUGAAGCCGGCGCACCUGCUGCGCCACCGGCAGAGCCACUCGGGCGAGAAGCCGCACGCCUGCCCCGAGUGCGGCAAGGCCUUCCGGCGCAAGGAGCACCUGCGGCGCCACCGCGGCACGCACCCCGGCGGCCCGGGCCCGGCCCUGCGCCCGCUGCCCGCGCGCGAGAAGCCACACGCCUGCUGCGAGUGCGGCAAGACCUUCUACUGGCGCGAGCACCUGGUGCGCCACCGCAAGACGCACUCGGGCGCGCGGCCCUUCGCCUGCUGGCAGUGCGGCAAGGGCUUCGGGCGCCGCGAGCACGUGCUCCGCCACCAGCGCACCCACGGGCGCGCGGCCGGCGCGGGCGGCGCCGCCCCGGGCCCCGAGGGCGCCGCGCCCUUCCCGCCCUGGCCGCUGGGGUAGCGCCAGCCGCGCGCCCGGCGCCCCCGCCCCGCAUCCGCACUCCGGUGCCCGAGCCCUGUCGCGUGAUGCCCCGAACCUCACUCUCCGGAUCAGCCCUCGCCCCGCCCUCGUGGCCUUUGCAGUGCGGGGGCGCCUCCGCGGCCCUCCCCACCCCCGUCCUCCCGGGCCCGGAACCCAGACAAGGAGCUGGGCAGGGGCAGGGCUCCGGGCUGGAGGAGGCCGGAGAGGGGGGACCGGGUCUUGUCCCGCCUGGGGAGACGGCCCCCUGCCCCUCCCAGGACGGAUGGAUUGCGCCACGGCUCCAACAGGUCGGGCCGUGUUCUGGCAGGGGGAUCCGAGGCCUGCCUCCUCGCGCUGGGACUGGCCCAUCAGGCAGGCCCGAGGUGGACAAACGCCUGCUCCUGGGACGCGCGCCAGAGACGGCCGCUGACCAGCAUCUGGAGAGUGUUGUUAAUAAAGCCGCUGACGAGUUGUGCA